AUGGGACGAAACCCGGUUGCAAGGCACGAGUAUUCCUUCUCUCGUGGUAAAAACCAACGCUUUGAUUUUGCCGAAAAUCACAGGGUACCACAAUUCCUCGAGAUUGGCAUUAAAAACAAUGGGCUCAGCCGCGGCGCGGGCUCGGGGCCAGCGUUCCACGGGUCCGGCCGUCGCCGCCCGGGCGAGGUGAAAGGCAAGGAGCGGAGCAGACAAUGGCAUCCGCCGCCGCGCAGGGGGCGCCAAGAGUCCUCGGCCGCCACCGCCCCCAGCCCCUCCCGAAAAUGCCCCGCAAAACUUGAGGCGAUUCUCGAACCACAGGUGCCGCGGGGCUGUCGCGGAGUCCGGGACUGGCCCCCACAUCCCCGGGCGCGGCGCGGAGUGGUGCGCAGGGCGCGGACACGGAGAGAAGUGAGUUGCAGACGCGGCGACCCAGUGGCGGGCCGGGCGGGCGCGGGGUGGGGUCGUCGGGGCGCGCGCGGGGUGUCAGGGGGCGCGCCCAGCCCUCCCUCCCGCUCUCCAUCCCCGGCGCCCCCGUUUGUCCCCAGGGACUUACGGCGGCCGCGGGCCGCGGGCGCGGCGGAGCUUGGCCGGCGGCGGCGGCUAAGGGGAAGCCCCUGUCGCCUUGCUGAGGAAGAGAAGCCGUGGUGCUGUGGGGAGGGGACCCGGCUGGCGGAGGGCAGGCUUAGGCAGAGAGGGGAGGGCGAGCCGACAGACCCCGCCCCGGGGGCCGGACGAGGGAGGAGCCGGGGCUGCGGUGAGUCGAGGGGCGGGCUACGCGACGCGCGGGAAGCGGCUCAGCCGUCAUCAACGGCACCGAAGGCAGCGCAGGUGACCGCUGAGUCCAAAGAAGACGAUUGGAGGCUUCUACGCCGAGAGGGGUGGUGCGAACCGGAAGCCGGGCCACGUGACCCGGAAGCGGCGUCUGCCGGGCCCGCGCGCCCGCGCACUCCUGCCCGGUGCCUCCGGGACGCGCGCGGGCUGCUGUCCUGGCUGUUUAAUGAAAGGAGGACGGGAUUCUGCGGCGUCCUUAGCCUAGCCGGAGGUGCGGGGCAGAGAAGAAUCCAGGCUGUCCAUCCCAUUGCACUGCUCCAGCCCAAGCCCAGACACCUUUCGCCCCGAGCUUCGCAGGGGUCUGUUCCCUGGGCUCGCCUCGCCCCUCCUUGAUGCUGCGGACUGGAUGAGUUACCGUCCGUUCGGCUGAAAAGCCCGGACAGCACCUCACCUUCGAGAUCCCGCUUCCUUCACACCCGGUCGCCCCACCAGCCGUCUGGGUUCCAGUUUAGCACUGCCGACGACUUGCUGUGCGUGGCAUGUCCUUGCUCUCAAAUGUUACAUCUGCGAAGCCUCACCCUAAAACCCUGUAAGAGUGAUUCCCUUAUUCAUCCGCAUGCCCGUUAGCCUUUAUUUAGCACACCUUAAAUUAUAUUCAUUUUGCAUCCCAA